CCUGGUGUGCGUGCAUCCCUAUAACAAGUCUUCUCUGUCUUUUCUUCUAAUCUUAUUGAAUACUAUACGUUUCUACUUUCCCAUACAAUACUACUAGCAUUUCAUACCCAAGUCCAAACACCCACUUAUUUUAUUUCACCAGAGACUCAGAGAAAGAGAGCGAGAGAGAGACUUAGAGAGAUGGAAGUUAGUGGAGCUACAGCUUUAGCUGGACCUAUGAAUACUUUUAACUUGACAAAAUCUUUUAACUCACGUACCCAUCUCAGGAAGUAUAGCCCUUUUGUUGUUAAAGCAGUCCAAUCUCAGAACAAGAGCUAUGAUGCUCAGGGAUCCACUAAAACUUCUUUCUCCAAGAGGGAGAGACGCCCCCACAACGUUCCUGGAGACUUCUUUGUUGAUCAUACAUGCAUAGAUUGUGAUACGUGUCGCUGGAUGGCUCCGGAAAUUUUCAGCCGAGCUGAUGGCAUGUCAGCAGUGUCUAAACAGCCAGAUUGUAAAGAAGAACGAGUAAAGGCUCUACAGGCCUUACUUUCAUGUCCAACAAGCUCAAUCCGCACAGAGAAACCUCCUGCUGAUAUCUUGGAGGUUCAGAAGACAUUUCCUAUUCCUGUUAAUGAGCAGAGAAUUCCGGGUAUAUAUCAUUGUGGUUAUCAUUCUGAGAAGUCAUUUGGAGCUGCCUCAUACUUCAUCGUCCAUCCUGAAGGAAAUAUUCUUGUAGACAGUCCAAAAUAUACAGAUAAACUGGCCCGUAGACUUGAAAUGAUGGGUGGAGCUCGUUACAUGUUCCUUACCCACAGGGAUGAUAUUGCAGAUCAUAUGAAGUGGUCGAAGAGGCUAAACUGUGAUAGAAUUAUCCACUCAGAAGAAGUUGAUUCUUCUACUGAAGACGUAGAGCGUAAGCUAAACGGGACUGGACCAUGGAGCCUUGCUGAUGAUCUCGAGCUUAUACACGUUCCAGGCCACACAAAAGGAUCCGUCUGCUUGUUACACAAGUCACUCAAGGUGCUUUUUGCUGGGGAUCACGUGGCAAUGGAUGAAUCUGGACUAUGCAUUUCAGAGACAUACAACUGGUUUUCGGUUCCGAUUCAGAUUAAGAGUGUCAAGAAGUUGAUGCAAUUUGAUUUUGAAUGGAUAUUACCAGGCCAUGGGAGGAGAGCUGAAUUCAGGGACAUUGAAGAAAAAAACUCUGCUUUCGAAAGCUUCUUAGCUGCAUCACCUCGCAUGACUUGAUUCGUUGCAUGCAUUGGUGAACACGACAAGGGGAGGGUUCGGGAUAAUAUUCUAUGUCAAUGUCUACUCACCAACUGCAGAAUGCUUGGGUCAUGCUCUGAUGAUCCUAUAGGUAUUGUACUACAACUUGAAUGUAAUCCUUGUAUAACUACAAAAAAGUUGAAUGGUCGUACUGGGGGAGAUGAUAACCAGAAUUUCGUGAAAUAGUAAGGCAUUUGACCAACUUGUAUAAGCCGUCUUUAAUGUUUGUACAAAUCCGUCCAUCUACAUGACCUCUGAAAUUAUCCUUGUAUAUAGAAAUGCUGCCUGCCUGGAAAAUCUUAAUAUGAAAUGACUUUGAUUAGUAUGACAAAUUAAGAAA